AUGUUCAUUCUGAAUGAUAUGCAGGAUAUAAGUAGUGGUGAUGGUGGACUAUACGCUGAACUGCUCCAAAAUCGUGCCUUCCAACAGGUCACACCAAACACCGCAGCAUCUUUGAAUGCAUGGAGCGCCAUCAAUGGAGGGCAGAUAUCCGUUGUAGCUGACUCCGUUCCGGUGUCGAACUCCCUCCCGAACUCCCUUAGGUUCACUGUACCUGCGGGGCGCACAGGUCAAGUUGGAUUCGCCAACUCUGGUUUCUUUGGUAUGAAAAUCGUAGCCUCGUCGACUUACAAAGGUUCUUUCUUCGUUAAAUUCCCGACUGCCUCGUCUUUCACGGGCAACCUGAUUGUCGGGUUACGAACCACCAGUGGGAGCACCAUCGUCUCUCAAACAGUUCCUAUUCGUGGUGCUUCGACAAGCUGGCAACAGAUCAGCGUGUCGUUGACCCCGAGGACGCCGCCGCCAUCUACUGACAACCAAUUCUUUGUGACGAUCGAUGGGGCUGCUGCUAGCGGACAAACCAUUAAUUUCGCCAUGUUCUCCCUAUUCCCGCCGACCUUCAAGAACCGAGCGAAUGGCAUGCGCGAUGAUAUUGCUACGGCACUGGCUGAGAUGAAGCCCAAAUUCUUCCGAUUCCCUGGCGGCAACAAUCUGGUGAGAUCUCUUGGACAAACCGUGCCUACUCGAUGGCAAUGGAAUGCCACUAUUGGAAGUCUACUUGACAGGCCUGUACGCCCACGGUUGUGUUAUUCCCAAAGACACGAUGUAACUAAUGUAUUCUUCAGUGGUUUGGGCUUGUUGGAAUACCUCUUGUUCUGUGAAGACCUCGGGAUGGAACCCAUCAUGGCAGUGUGGGCAGGGUUCGCUCUCGGCGGCACCAGCGUGGCCCAAAACGGCCUUCAGCCGUAUAUUCAACAAGCAAUUGAUCAGAUCAACUUCGCGAUUGGUGAUCCUGCCACCAGUGCUCCCGCCGCGCGCCGUGCUGCGUUAGGUAGGGCGCAACCAUUCAAGCUUACUUAUGUGGAAAUCGGAAACGAGGAUUUCUUCGCAAGCGACACUUACACCUACCGAUGGCCCGCUUUUGUCAACGCGCUGAGGGGUGCAUUCCCUAAUCUCAAAUUUAUCGCUACCUCCAACAUCAACUCCCCGGUCUUGUCACCCAACCCUGCACAGUGGGACCAUCACGUGUACCAAACGCCAACGUGGUUCGCGCAGAACUCGUUCUUCUACGAUGAUAUGCCACGCAAUGGAAUCACCUUCUUCGAGGGUGAAUAUGCUGCCAUAUCCACGAACCCCAACGACAUCUUUGGAUCGCCUGCAAACGGUCGCCUAACUUUCUCUACCAUGCAGAGUGCGUCCGGUGAAGCUGCAUACAUGAUUGGGAUGGAGCGCAAUUCCGACAUCGUGUUUGCUGCUUCCUAUGCUCCUUUGUUGGGACACGUCGCCGGUUCACAAUGGACUCCUAAUCUCAUCGCAUUUGAUACCGGUAAUGUUUACCGUUCGGCCAGCUACUUCGUGCAGAAGCUUUUCAGCACGAAUAUGGGCAAUGAAUAUAUCCCGAGCACGUUGCCAUCGCGUACCGGAACUGCCUUCUGGGGUGUUACCCGAAACACUGCGACUGGUGAAAUAAUCAUCAAGGUCUCCAACACCGUUGCCGCACAGACCAACCUGACUUUUGUUCUUCCAUUCGCCAACGUUGCUACGUCCGGUAGCCUGCAAGUCCUGACCGGUGCCGCCACCGCCAGCAACUCCCCCACUACGCCCUCGGCUCUCGCGCCUGCUACGAGGACGAUCACCACAGGCAAGACCUUCACGUUCGCCGCAGCAGGGUUCAGUGUGAACGUCAUCACUAUCAAGGCGUCGUAG